UUCUUAUUUUUUAUUUAAGGUAUAACCAGAGUCAUAUAGAGUUUAUUUUCCUCCCUCUCUCCCUCCAAUUUGUUUCUGUGUCACAUAAUUUGACUUGGUCAUGGAUCCUGCGUCAUUCCGGCGCAGGAUCCUCACAUGUCGCGCAUGACAGACGGCAGCAGCUCCAGCCUGGUCCAUUGACGUCAAUGUGUUUACAGCGCUCACAUCCUACGUGGCCGGAAGGCGGGGCCUAACACCACCCUUACUUCUUCCUCCCCUGACUCCUGAUUGGUGGGAACAAGUACGUUAGCAGCUCGGCCAGGCGGGCGCACAAAGGUUGAGUCUCAGAGAGGACCCCGAUUUAUGACCGACGCGCAAAUAGAGGACACAUCGAUUGUGGGUGAAACUCCACAAACAGCCUUCCAUCAGUGCGGCCUGUGGUUGAGAGAAGACAUACGGAGGUGCGGAGGGCUCGGAUCCUUCUUCGAGUGAACCCCGUGCACUACUUUUCCCGUGUCUCUCUGGAUGGAAAGUGGAACCACCCCCUCCUCUUCCUCCCUGCUGGUGGGUCCUUCCCCACGAUGGCACCUGGCUGAGAGGAGAAACAGAAAGGCCGGAGCAUGGAACAUUUUCAGUGACGUGAACCUGUGGCAGCUCCAAAGGCUGUUCAGGGAGGCGGGGGAUGAGGAUGCUGAACAGAGGGCCCAGCUGAUUUGGGGACAGAGCGAUGAGGCUGAACUGGCCAAGGCUCUAAUAGGACUGAGAGCUCGAAGUCGUCGGAGAGGGCUGAAGACCAACGGGAGGGAGGUGUUGGGCUCUCACUGGCUCAGAGCCUUCAAUCACCUCAGGAUUGAGGAGAACUUAUCGAGCAGCCAAGCCGAAGAUCCUGCUGAUGAGAGUGACUUCAAAGCAGAAGCACAGAGAAGUCCAGAUCCUCACACACAUGUCUCAGUAGGAGCAUCGGCACGAGAAACGGGAGCCAAAUUAGCACUAAAAGGGAGCCAAAGCCCCGCAGGGUCCUUUGAGAGACCAAAUAAAAACAGCUCAGGACUGAGGAGAGGAGAGAGAAACCCAGACAGAUACCUCCACAGAAUACUCCACUGAGAGAACCAGCAAUGCUAAUUAAAACCUCCAGCAGAUAGCACGGUCACAUAUGGUUGUCUAGGUUCUGCUAAACCUAGAAAUCGGUAUUUUCUUCUUAUUUUCUUUAAUCACAAACUGGUUCAAGGUUUCUUUAAGCUUUAAAUAAUGGUUUCUUACACUAAAAAUGACAUUUUGUCUUUAUUUAAAUUAUAGAUGAUUUAUACACAGUUACAUCAAGCAUUAUUCUUUCUAUAUGUGAAAUAUUUCCCUUCUUAGUCCAUAAUAACAAUUAAAAUGAACAGUUGAAAAAUGACCACAAUUCCAAAACAACCAUUAAUUUCUGUCCUCCAAAUAAGCAGUUUUACAGAAAGUUAAUAAUCAAAUUUACAGAUAAAGUUAACUAUAAUUGUAAAGCUAAAAUAAAUACACAAACCUGUGUGAGCCUAACUGUAGUGAAUAAUCCUGUUUCUAUCGGCUGCUUAACGCGCAAUACUAAUCUUGGCCAGUAGGUGGCAGUAACACGACAUACAAAUUGAAUUAGAAAUGCUGUUUUAAACAACAUAACCCCCUAAAUUUUUAACAAAUAAACACAAUUUAUAGCAACAGUUAUGAUUUCAGCUCUCUUUUAAACCAAGAGUGAGCGUGUGUGAAAGAGAAAGUGACAGAGGGAGUGAAAAUGAGCUCCAGUACCUUUUAGCAUCACGCCCAUCUACUUCCGGACCAUGGGUCCCUGGAAGAACGAAAAAAAUGAAUGCAAGUCAAUGGGGCUAAAAAACCAUAGAUAUGUAUAUCUGUAUAUAUAAACACUAGAUGCCUCGUCUCUGCUGUUCGCUAAUGGGAUGCAAAUUUUUUUGUAUUUUCACUAUUUCUUAACUUUUGUUUUCUUAUUUAUUGAAUUUCAUUUAUUAAUUAUAAUCUCUUUGGAAAUGCUUUCUGAAAAAGUUAGGAAAUAAUCAAAAGAUAGAUUAGGUUAUAAAUAAGAUGGAUUACAGUAAUAAAUAAGAUAGAUGGAUAAUGGAUUGAUCUUGCGAAGGAGAUUUUCAACAUUCAUAAAACCAGAUAAACAGAAGGUAGCAGCAGCAGCAAUGGAACCGCUGGUUCAUAUUAUUUUAUUUACAUAAAAACCAUUAACUACUGAAAAAUGUACAAGUAUAGGUUUUCUUUGCAACAGUUACAGAUGAAAGGUGAUCCCACGUUGUCUCAGUUUGUCACAGCGGCGAUUCGAGCAUCCGUAGGCUGCACGAAAGUCAGGCAUGUUGACCCUCAAGCUUCCCAAUUAAUAAAGGUGUAUUUCUGCACAUAAAAUGUCCUGUAGUGUUUAAUAUAUCCCAAUAUAAGUUUAGUGUCCGGCGUUGUCCCCCCGAGGGAUUCUCUCGGUUCUCCGUCCGGCUCUCCCUCGUGACGGAGGCAUAUGAGCGCCGUCUGGGGUACUCUGGGUCAUCCGCCCACCUACCUCGGCCGGCUGCCUCUGGUGUCCGUUUUCGGCGCUCUCCCUGUUCUGCUGGUCCUCUGUAGCGGUUUCUCUGGCGGCGGCCAUAAUGGAUCGUGGUCCAACCUCCCUCGUCCUCAUCCUCAUCGUAAACAUGUGGAGGCAUGUUGUGCCUCUGAAAAACGUUUAAACCACUUGGUUCUGUGUAAAACACUUUUUUUAAAAAAAAGGAAAAAUUGUUUUGUCACUUGGGCAUAAGUGGCCCCUUUAAUAAACGGCAAUUCAGCAUUAAUUUAUUUUAAAGUAAAACGAGCAACUCCCACUGAGGUAAAUGGUCAACUUUGUUUUGCCAAGCAGUGCACCCACCGUAGCCUCGUCAUCUCUAAGCUAAGCUAGACGGCUAAUAAACAGAGAAACAUCCACAAACAGCCAUUUACACAACGAUUGGGCUGUCGUAAAAUCUUUAUUGGUUUCGUAGAACCGCAUAAAAUAUCGAUUGUGGUCUCAACCUGAAUAACAUGCAGAUAGCCUAGGUGGGACACAUGGUUCACAAUUAAGCCACUUUCAAAAGCAAAAGCGUUACUUUCAACAUGUGCAAGUAUGCUGUCUCAAGCCCGUUUGUAACGAGGCAAACCGCUUGUAAAUCCGUUAAUAUUUCAUCGAGUUAAGGGUGUUUUUGUUUAAGCUGAUCACUCAACCUUUCAGCUGCUACCAUUGAGAGUGGAGGGGUCUGUUGUCUGAGGUAAGAUGGCCACCGUUUAGCUACGCCCUCGACUCCUGCUUUUGUCAUCUAGUGUUUAUAUACAUAUCUAUGCUAAAAACGCUAUUUUCUAAUCCCGCUUGUUAUGUGCCAUGGAUUUCACAUGUAAUGUCCGUGAAUUUUAAAGAAGCUUUUUGAUACCAAGAAAGCGCUCUUUUCGAACGGGGGGAAACGCUAUUUUGGGUUUUGUGUGAAAAUAAGUCCAGGGUUACAAAUGCACAUCACGAAAGUGAUGUAACCGAACCAGACACGGAGAAAACUGAGGGAAAAGGGCUGUAAAUUCAGCAAACUUCCCACAGGAGGAGCGAACCACCGUCAAUCUGGCCAUGUGGUAAGUAGCAGCUACUUUGGGGAGAAGAGAUUAUGUGGUGACGUCACUUGACAUGAUUUCUGAUUUGUAGUCAUGUUAAUUACGAACAUUUACAAGCUGAUAAAUCUCAAAGUAUGUGACAGGCGUAGUUAAAAGUAAACACCCAUCAUUACUUUUCAUUUAAAUUGCAGUACAACGUAUGUGUGGUCCAGGCCGUAAGGCAAAGCAGAUUAGAAAAUAACGUUUUAGCCCCGUUGGCUUGCAUUCGUUUUUUCAUUCUUCCGGGAACCCAUGAGCCGACCGGAAAGGGAGGCUAAAGCCGGUUUCACACUGCAAGCAUCAGCAGAACAGAACGACAGGGAAGCGGCACCGCUUCAAAUAGAAUCCCAUUAUAUUCUAUGGAGUUUUUCAAACUAGCCACGACGUGGCAAUUUCCAGGCACGUCCCCGAAGCGGCAUGCGGUGUAGCGCCGCUAAAGAUAGGAUCGAGUUCUAUUUUUUCCGUGAGCCGCUUCUGGGACACGUCAAUUUCUGCAGUUCCCAUAGUGCGAGACAGAAAACCACAAGGUUUCAGUGUAAAAUCCCCAGUUAUAUUCAAAAUAAAAUGCAACGUUGCGAUGUUAUAUAUAACUUACGUCAGCACGUGUGACCGAACGGCUUUGUUUACCACCAGUUUCUUUCGAGAAGUGCAACGGUAUGAUUCCUCGCAGGGGUUGUGAUCUCUCGAUGAGGAAGGUGUCGGAACAUCUCAAGAGAUUUUAGAAUCUCGUGGGUACAGCGAGGCACAGCGAGGAAGCCGUGUCGUGCCGCGGCCAAGACUCUUCCGGUGUGAAAAGGACCGCUUUGAAGUUUGCGAGUGAGCUGCUUCGCUGCUGUUCCGGUCCGCUGAUACUUGCAGUGUGAAACCGGGGUUACGCUUCCUGUACUGCACACUGGAAGCAUCAGCGGCACGGAACAGUAGUAAGACGUCAAUGCUUCAAAUAGAAUCCAUUGGAGUACAUGGGCGUGAUUCAAACCAGCCGCGAUGCAGCAAUUUUCAGGCGCAUCCCAGAAGCGGCACGCCGCGCUGUGCUAAAGAUAAGAUUGGGUUCUAAUUUUGCUGCGUGUCACUUCUAGGAGGCGACAAUUCCCGCAGUUAACAUAGGGCAAGACAGGAAAUCACACAUGGUUUUAGUGUCAAAUCCCCCAGAAAUUUUCAAAAUAAAAGUCUUGCGGUGAUGCAAUUUCAUAUUUAUGUAGAUUAUGCCAAUUCAAGUGACUUAAUGGCUUAUUUAUUCCCAAGCGCAGUAGUGCGUUUUUCAUGACUUUAAUCCUGUCAGUGGAGAGGAACAACAUCAUACAUGACAUCAAAAAGUGAUAUCAAACAUGUUUUCCUUCUUUUGUGUUUACUGGCGGACGACAUAAGCUUGAGGGAUUUUGUAAUCUCCUGAGGAGGAUGGUGAAAGUCUCGAGGGAUUUUGUGAUCUUGUGAGUCGAGCAAGAAACACAGCGGAGAAGCCACUUUGCGGCUGAGACUCUCCCGGAGUGCAGCGAUUGUCACGAUUAAACCUUUCCGCUGCCAUUCUGCGCCGCUGAUGCUUCCAGUGUAAAGUAGGCGUCAGUCAGCUAGCGCCCCAAAGGCAUUCAAUUCACUGAUGCUGAUUGGUCCAAAAAUUUCCAGUUCUCCCUAGCAGUCAAAUGUGAUUGGCUGUUUAGCUGCAGUUCAGGGGCGCAUUCCCAGUGCCCUAGGAGUGAAACUAGAAAGCCUGGUGGAGGAAAUUCACUUUUUAAUGAGAGACAGCUGGUGAAAAUGAUGUGCAAAUAAUUCUAAUUGAAUGUGGGCACAUUAAAUUAAACAAGUUUGACACAUUAAUAGAAAAUAUAUGAAUAGAUAUUAUGGUUUAAUUUAGUUUUUAGAUUUUUCUCUUCCUUCAAGUCAGGGAGGGUGGUGCCCCAGCACCUCCUAUUGACGAGCCGCCACUGCCUAAUACCUAAAUAUCUAAAUUUGAUGUCCAGCAGUUAAAAACUAAAUGUGAAUAUAUUUUUUAAAUGAGUAACACUAAACAAGUUGAACGCCUGAGUAAUGUUGAUUUUGCAUGUAUAUUAAAACAUGUCCCUUUGUUGUAGCUUGCGCGCAUCAUAGAUGAUGAUAGAAGAUCAUUUGUCCAAUGACGUCAUCUUUGAUGGGAAAUCCUGUUUUGUCUUUUUGUUUUUUCAUUUUGAAGUAAACAUUUCACCAGUGCUUUACUUGUUUAAGGUGAAUAAAGGUGUCAGAGACUAAAGAUAACAAGUUCAAAGCCUUGUUGUGCAAGGAAAAGUGAUCACUGUUGAUAAAUUGACUUUUGUAACUUUUGUCACCUGUUUAAGUAAAAAAUGAAAUGUAUCAAUAUAAAUAAACACUUUUGUCAUUUC